UUCAUUCAUUCAUUCCAUUUUCCCGGAAGCAAAGGGAAAAUGUCAGUGAAGCUGAAGCACUUCUAUCUCUGUGUUUCACUCACUUUCUCGUUCCUCUCUCUUUCUCUCUCUAACCCAGAUUUGGCUGCUCUUCUGGCCUUCAAAUCCGCUUCAGACCCAUCCAGUUCUCUCUCUUCUUGGUCCAACUCUUCUUCCGACCCUUGUUCAUGGCUGGGCGUCGCCUGCAACCCCUCGACUCGCCGAGUCACGAAACUCGUUCUCAACGCGCUCAACCUCACCGGGUCGGUCCAACCACUCACUCCCCUCGCCCACCUUCGCCAUCUCAGCCUCCACCACAACCGCCUCUCCUCCGCCACCGGGAGCCUCGCCGCUUGGCCCAACCUCAAGCACCUCUACCUCUCCCACAACCUCCUAGCCGAUGUGUUCCCAGACGGGAUUUCCCAUCUCCACCGCCUCCGCCGGCUCGAUCUCUCCUACAACAGACUCACCGGCGAAAUCCCCCUCUCCGAGUUGGCUCAGCUGCCGCACCUCGUCACUCUCCGCCUCGAAUUCAACUCGUUCACUGGAAAUCUUGACUCAAGCCAGAUGAACACGACCUCCAUUUCUGAUUUCAAUAUCUCCGGCAACGACCUCGCAGGGAAAAUCCCUGCUUGGCUGUCGACUUUCCCGGCGACAUCGUUCGCCGGUAACGAGAAACUCUGCGGCUCGCCACUUCUGUCUCAUUGCCCUAACGACAAAAUAAACACCAAUCGCACCGCUGAGAGUGAUUCCGUACAGAUAAGGGCUUCCUGCAAGGAGAAAAAGGGGUUAAGUAGUAGAGCGGUGCUGACGAUCGUCGGCAUCGACGCCGCGGCAGUGUUGGCGGCGCUCGUGACGCUCACGUGCUGCUGUUGCAGUCGUGGCUGCAGAAACAAAGAGGGAAACAGAGAAGCAAAGAAAAACGACAAAUUUCGCAGUACAAGCAGAGUCGCAGUGAUGAGAGAGAGCGAAGAAUAUCAGAUGGUGUUUUUUGAAGGGUGCAAGGGUUUCACGAAGGUGGAUGAGCUUCUGAAGGCCUCGGCGGAGAUGCUGGGGAAGGGGGCCCUCGGGACUACCUACAAGGUGGCGCUGGACGGCGGCGACGCCGUGGUAGUGAAGCGGGUGAGGGAGAGGCGGCGGAAGACAAAGGUGGUUGAUGGGUUUUUGAGGGUCAUUGGUGGGUUGAGACACCCUAAUGUCGUGAGCCUCAGAGCUUACAGUUCUUCCAUGGACGAGUUGCUUUUGGUCUGUGAUUUUCUCCCCAAUGGCAGCCUCCAUUUCCUCUUACAUGGAAACAGGGGACCAGGAAGAACACCAUUGGAUUGGACAACAAGGUUGAAAAUGGCGGCAGGCUCAGCCAGAGGUCUGGCCUUUCUCCAUUCCGGAAAUGGCGGCAAGCUCUUCCACGGCCAUCUCACAACCUCCAACAUCAUCGUCGACUGCUUGGGCAGCGCCUGCGUCUCAGACGCCGGCCUCCACCAUCUCUUCCCAAUCCCACCCCCCUCUUUCCCAGACGACGCCUACAGAGCGCCGGAGCUGGCCCACAGCGCCCCCGCCGGCGGCGCUCACAAGGCCAAGUUCUUGCAGGCAUGCGACGUCUACAGCUUCGGGGCAGUGCUGCUGGAGAUCUUGACGGGGAAAAUCGCCGGCGGCGGCGGCGGCGGAGCAGGAACCGGCUUGGCCAAGUGGGUUGAGCUCGUGGUUGAAGAGAAGGGUCUGUGGGAAUUGCUUGAUUUCGAGCUGCUCAGGUACAGAGAGAUGGAGGAGGAGAUGGUGGCGCUUUUGCAGGUGGCUUUGCUCUGCUUGGCUGGUUCGGCUAAGGAUCGGCCGAAGAUGGAAAGGGUGGAGAAGAUGAUUGAAAAUAUCAUGAAGAAAGGUGGCAACGGAGGAAAUGAGUCUCCUGCCGUUGAUCUGUCCUCUGAUUCUUCUUCUGUGUCAGAAAAUAUUCCCAAUUUCGCCAGCAGCUGAUUGGUUAUAUCUCCUUCUUUUUGAUAAUUGUAUGAUCUUAAUUGCAGUAUAUUAAGAGAUGUCUGUACCUGUACGUAGGUUCAUGUUCAUGUACGCUGUUGAGUCCUGUGAAGUAAUUUAUGGUUUGAGAAAUGAUAUAAUAUAGAACCCAACAUUUUACUUAAAAAGGAAAAUGA